AAUGCAGUUACUUAUGAGGACGUGCAUGUGAACUUCACUCAAGAGGAGUGGGCUCUGCUGGAUCCUUCUCAGAAGAAGCUCUACAAAGAUGUCAUGUUGGAGACCUACAGGAACCUCAGUGCUAUAGGAUUUAAUUGGGACGACAAAACUACUGAAGAACAUUGUCAAAGUUCCAGGAGACAGAGAAGGCAUGAAAGAAGUCAGAGUACAGAAAAAGUGUCUGAAUAUACUCAACGUGGUAAAGCCUUUGCUUUACAUGCUCACAGUCAUGCCCAAAGACAUGAAAGGAUUCAUACAGAAAAGAAACCCCAUGGAGUGAUUCAAUUUGUUGAAGCCUUUGCUCAACAUAGUCUCCAACUUCGUAAAAGAGCACAAACUGGAAAGAAACUCUAUGAAUGGAAGCAAUGUGGUAAAGCCUUUGUAGAUCACAGCCAUCUUAAAAUGCCUGAAAGAAUUCACACCGGAGAGAAACCUUAUGAAUGUCAUCAGUGUGAAAAAGCCUUUCCAAGUCACACCUUUUCACAAAUUUGUAACCUCCAGUUGCAUAGACGAAUUCAUACUGGAGAGAAACCGUACAAAUGUAAUAAAUGUGAGAAAACCUUUUCACAACAUAAUGCCCUCAAGUAUCAUAGAAGAAUUCAUAGUGGAGAGAAACCAUACAAAUGUAAUGAAUGUGAUAAAAUAUUUAGACAAAGCAGUGAUCUCCAAAAGCAUAAAAGAAUACAUACAGGAGAAAAACCCUACAAAUGUAAUCAAUGUGAGAAAGUCUUUUCCCAACAUCAUCAUCUCCAAAACCAUAAAAGAACACAUACUGGAGAGAAACCCUUCAAAUGUAAUGAAUGUGAUAAGGCCUUUUCACAAAUUGGUAACCUCCAGUCGCAUAGACGAAUUCAUACUGGAGAGAAACCCUACAAAUGUAAUACAUGUGAGAAAGCCUUUUCACAACAUAGUCACCUCCAGUCACAUAGAAGAAUUCAUACUGGAGAGAAACCCUACAGAUGUAAUAAAUGUGAGAAAGCCUUUUCACAACAUAGUAACCUCCAGUUGCAUAGAAGAAUUCAUAAUGGAGAGAAAUCCUAUAAAUGUAAUAAAUGUGAGAAAGCCUUUUUACAACACUAUAGCCUCCAAAGACAUAAAGGAAUACAUACUGGAUAGAAACCCGAUGAAUGUGAUCUAUGUGUGAAAGCCUGUGUAUGUCACAGGCAUCUUCAAAAGCAUAAAAGAAUUCGUACUGUAGGAAAAGCUUAUGAAUGUAUACAAUAUGGUAAAAUCUACAAGUACCCAUAGUCUUCAUCAUCAUGAACAUAUUUGUAUUGGCAAGAAACCCUCUGAAUAUUAUCUGUGUGGUAAAACCUAUCCCAACACACUUAUCUCCCAAUGCAUCAAGGAGCACACACUGGGGAGACAGAGGUUGGAGGUUGGGGAGGAGGACUUAUGAAUGUACACAAUGUAAAAAUCCAUGCUGCAGGGAAGCCCUACAAAUGUAGUUCUUCAG